GGCUGGCCCUGGCCCGCGGCCCACCUCGUCCUGCUUCGGCUCGACGCGGCCACGAUGGAGGGACCCCGAGACCCUCUCAGUGGGAGGCUCCGGCUCUGCUUCACCCCCGCGGCCCGGACCAGCCUCCUCCUGCUCCGGCUCAACGACGCGGCGCUGCGGGCGCUGCAGGACUGUCUGCGGCAACAGGUCCGGCCGGUGAUCGCUUUCCAAGGCCCCCGAGGGUAUCUGAGGAUCCCAGGUCCUGGCUGGUCCUGCCUCUUCUCCUUCACAGUGUCCCAGUGUGGGCAGGAGGGCACUGGCGGUGGCUUGGACCUUGUGUGCCAACGCUUGGGCAGAUCCGGGCCCAGCCGCCUGCACUGCCUCGGUGCACUCAGGGAGCGUCUCACGAUUUGGGCAGCCAUGGACUCCAUCCCAGGCCCGUUGUCAGUUCACAGACAUCUGACCGAAGUUGUGAGAGAUCCCGGGAGUUGGCAGAACCGGGCUGACGAUUCGGAAGGUGAUGCUGUGUCACAGCCAGAGAUGGCACCAGAAGAGGUGUCAGACCCCUUGAUGAGCAAUGAGGAGCAGCCACUCCCAGGAUCCUCCAGUGAACCUGUGACACCGUGGGAAGUGAGGAACCAGACUCACCCUCCAAACAGAGAACUUGAUCAGGCACUGCCUUCUGCCAGCCAGAAACGUCUGGACAAGAAACGUCCAGCUUCUGAAGCCACUGAAGAAAUAGAAGAGAAGAGGCUCAGAGCACUGCCUCUAGCUCCAAGUCCCCUACAAGGGGACUUAGAAGAGGAAGAUUGGGAGGAAGAAGAUAAAGAUCAAGACACAGAUCCCAGGCUGCAACACAGUCCCUCAGCUGGAGCAGACUCUGAAUCCCCAAGCCCUGAAGAGGCUCCAGAUUACCUUCUGCAAUACAGGGCCAUCAACAGCACAGAGCAGCAACAGGCCUACGAGCAGGACUUUGAGACCGAUUACGCUGAAUACCGAAUCCUUCAUUCCCGUGUUGGGGCUGCAAGCCAAAGGUUCAUAGAGCUGGGAGCAGAGAUCAAAAGAGUUCAGCGAGGAACUCCAGAACACAAGGAGCUGGAAGCCAAGAUAGUCCAGGAAUAUAAAAAGUUCAAAAAGCGAUACCCAGGUUACAGGGAAGAGAAGCGUCGCUGUGAGUACCUGCACCAGAAAUUGUCCCACAUUAAAGGUCUCAUCCUGGAGUUUGAGGAAAAGAACAGGGGCAGCUGAAACCAUCCAAAGGGCUCUAGACCCUCUGCCCAAGAAUGUGCACAAAGCAAUUUCUUACAUAGAACACUUGAGUCCACUGGGGACUAGUAGAGAGCCCAAUAGGUCCUUGAGGCUGGAUUCUCAAGUGUUGCUAUAUUUUAGUUUUUAGGGUGUGGGGACAGUACCAAGACUCCUCUCAUCUGUGCCCUGGAGACUAGGGAAAACAGCGGACACCACUAGUUCAGCCAUGGCAUUUCUAAAUCCUGAGGAAUGACAUUUCCAGGGCAAGAUACUUUUGAGGAAAUUAAGUAAACUAAGUAAAUUUAGCAUCAAGUAACCUUCAAAAGAAUUAAUGGUAACUUUUGGUAACAGUUAAAAGAACUUGUAACACAGCUAGCUAUAAAGGGAAACAGCUUGGGUGUUACACAUGGAAGGAAAAUGUAUUCUUUUACAAACAUGGCUACUAAAUUAAAAGUGUUUUCUGUGUCUUUGGUAC